CGCUUGCUCGAGUACCACCUGCCUGGUCCCCACUCUGUAGCGUUUGCUGGGCUGUGGUUUCUCGUGGGUAGGGAGGCGCAGUAUGUGAGCUGCCAGAUCGGCUGGGGAAAUGUACCUCGGCUUCGAACGCGAUAUGGGCCUUAGCCUCUGGGGCUUAUGUUCCGUGUUGAGCGCACCGUCUAUGAGGUACGCUCCUCACCUGAGCCAAUCUCGCGCACAUUGCAUAUAUGUACUAAGCGGCUAUAGCCCAUAGUACCCCAGGAAACCGUAGCACAGUGCACGUAAUGACCCGUUCCAGAGCACCGCUGCGUGGCUGGAUCGCUUCAUUUGGCAUGGGCGGCUCUGUACGCGAUGUGCUCCCAGGUUAUGACUGCCCGCACAAGGCCGUCUUCCUCUCAGUGAUGUCCAUAACUCGCGGGUCCAUUACGCUUGAGAGGGUGAUUUGCACUUUUGAGCACGACUCGGCCCGCCCAAUCACGCGCCACAUGGGUUACUCCGAGGCAGAGUUCGGCGCCGUGCGCGCAACUCUUGACUACAUCCUUCAUAUCGACGGCACAAUUGAGGUCUGCCUGUCUGCCUCGGGCGACUGGAGAGUAGCUAGUACAGCCAUGGAGCGACGAUCCGGGAGACCACUAAAAAUCACGCGCACGUUCAUUGAGAACGAGAAUGACGCAAUGUUGAAGUUCCCGUACAACUUCCAGGCCGGAUGCUCUCAUCAGCCGCGAGGCGAGGAACCGACCGUUGUCGGCUCCAAGCGAUUAAUAGAGAAUGCGAACCGGGCUCGGUACAACUUUGCACCCAGCAAGCGCAAGGACACGGGGCUGUCGAGCAGCAACAACUCUUUGGAUGGCGAAAUUAUCACCCAGCAUGACCUCGUUGCCUGGGUCAACGUCGGCAUGCAUCACCUUCCGCAGGCAGAAGACUCGCCCGUCAUCCGUACCAACCUUGCCGCCUCUAGUCCAAUCAGCAUGCAACAUCUUCGUCAUACCGUUGAAAACUUUGAUGCUGACGUAUCAAUGGAGAGCAUGAACGCGAUCCUGCUCACGCCGCCCAAGAAUCCUGGCGAGCCAUGA